ACAACAAUUUCGAAAAUUUAAAAGUGUCAGUGUCAAAACAAUCAAAAUGGCGUCAUCUAACGGCAAAGAGAGUGCUAAAAUGACAGCAUCGAUAGACAGUUUGAAGUUAUCAAGCAAGAAUACGUCAGUUUGUUCGUCAAAACACGCGUCAUCAGAGUCAGUGUUAUCAAGAAAAGACAAAGAAUGUUUACAAAUGCAAGAAUGCAAAAAGAAGUUAUUGGCUAUGGAACCACAGAUAAUUAUAAGAGAUGAGAAUGUCGUUCUAAGGUCCCCGCCACAGAAGAAAAUUGUGAUGCCGCCGACGAUCAAUGCAGAGGAGUUGGCAGCUGCAACGCCUACACAGCGCAACUGGCGCGGCAUCCUCAUAGCUUUGCUGGUGAUAGCCGCAGUUCUGGGGCUGAUCGUCUUCAGCAUAGCCUUGCUGACACCCGCAGGAGACGGUGGCAGAGUCCGGGGGCGAAGGCCUACGCUACACGAUGUGCUGGGAGAACAUUAUAAGCCUUUCAAUGGGACUUGGCUUACAGACGAGGAGUUGGUGUUCAGAGACCGAUGGGGGGGUCUCACGCUGUUCAACGUGAAGAACUUCACCACGAGGCUACUCAUGAACAAUUCCACAUUUAGAGAACUAAACGCAGUGGACUUCAAAGUGUCAGCGGACUUGAAAUUCGUUCUGCUGAUCUCCGACGUGAGGCCUGGGUGGCGACACGCGCGCCUCGCGCGGUAUCACGUCUAUGACGUCAUCAACAGGAACAAAAUCCCAGUGUCUCCUAUAGAGGAUGACAGAUCAGCUCCACUGCUGCAGUACGCGGAGUGGUCACCAGUGGGCGCCGCGUUGGUGUUCGUGCACGACAACGACAUCUAUUAUAAACCCAAGGUGUUCAAAACUCUAGUGUGCAGAAUUACUAAUAAUGGAAUACCUGGCGUGAUAUUCAACGGCGUGCCAGACUUCCUAUACGAGACAGAGGUGCUGCGUCUGGACAAGGCGCUAUGGUUCAGUCCUGAUGGCCAGACUCUCAUGUACAUCACGUACAAUGACACACUAGUCCAAUCACACAAGUACCCCUGGUAUGGUCUGGACCAGCAGGAACCACCGGCGUAUCCUACCAUAAAGGCCUUGAGAUAUCCUAAGGUGAACACAAAUAACCCGGUCGUGACAGUGAACGUAGUUAGCGUGAAGACACCGAAGUACUUGUUCUCACACGCCAUACAGUUCACCUCGCAGGUGGAUGAUAGUUGGUACGUGAGAUGGACUGGCUGGACAUCGGAGAAGCAGCUAGCAGUGCUGCUGCUGAACAGGCCGCAGAACGUCUCCCUCAUCAGCGUCUGCAGUGCCGUGCACUACAACUGCCAAGAUAUAUACCGCGAUGAAUCCGACGGCUCCCGCUGGUCAGGCCUCGGCUCAGAGCCAGUAGAAGAUGACUGUGGUUGGUGUGGAAGCAUGGCUCUCGUGGGGUCAAAGUCUACCAUCUACACCACCAUGCCAGUCGCGGACCUGCCGCCAGGUGGCGCUGGUGGCUGGUGGAGACAUGCGGUCAGGCUCACACAGGACUCCAGAACAACACUCACUUUAGGAAGUUAUGAGAUAACACAACUCAUGGGGUGGGAUGAACGGAGAAGAUAUUUAUACGUGAUAGGCACAGCUCCAGAAAAGGCCGGUGAGCGUCACCUGUACAGAGUGAAGGUGCCCACUGACCCAGCCAGCUGGCCUGACUCGCCAACCUGUCUCACGUGUCCUGGCACUGAUCUACUACCUCCUGAUGCUACUAUGGAACCUGUUAGUGAAGAUCCAGAAUUUGAGAACGCCACGUCAUCACUACCCGCGUGGCCAACGUCGACAGUGCUGCCACACAUUGCUGACGAAAAUGAUACGUUGCCCACCGACUGCCUGUACAACCGCAUCCUGUUUAGCAAGAACUAUUCUUAUUAUGUGCAGGAGUGCCUCGGCCCGGGUCCCCCAGCAACGUUUGUUUGCUCGCACUGGGGCGCGCGGCGCGCCGUGCUGUGGGACGGCCGCCCGCUGUCCAACAAGUUCGCGGCCCUCGCACACCCACAGGUCAAGGACUUCAGGGUCGAGGUGCAAGCCUACAGAGCAGCUCGUGUUCGCCUCCUAUUACCGCCAGGGUUCAGAGAAACUGAUGAUCUACCUCUUCCAUUAGUUUUGCAUGUAUCUGCCCAGCCCGGUGGACAGUUGGUGACGGAGCGGUGGAAACCAAGCUGGGGCUGGUACCUAGCAGCCGCGAGGAACUUCAUAGUCGCUGAGAUCGAUGCUAGAGGCUCCGGCGGACAGGGCGAGGAGCUCCGAACAGAAAUAUAUCACAAACUUUUGUCGGUUGAUGUCGAAGAUCAAAUAGCAGUUCUGGCGUACCUUCGCGACAACCUCAAGAUGGUGGAUGGAGCCCGCGUCGGCGUGUGGGGGCGCGGCUACGGUGGAGGCGCGGCGGCCGCGCUCGCUGCUGACGACGCGCGCAACGUCACGCGCUGCCUCGCCGCCAUCGCUCCACUCACCGAUCUCAGGCAUCAUAACUCGUACUGGACGGAGCGGUACAGCGGGUUUGGGUCGACGUGGGCGGGCACGCUGGGCGUGAACGCGGUGUGGCGCAAGGCGGGCAACCUCCCGCCGCGCCGCGUGCUGCUGGCCCACGCAGCCGCCGACCUGCGCGCGCCGCCGCACCACGCGCUCGCACUCGCGCGCGCACUCAUACGCGCCACCGCGCUCUACACGCACCAGGUUUAUCCAGACGAAGGUCAUGGCUUCGAGCGCUCCACGAUACAUCUUCACAAAACGAUGGAGCAGUUUUUCGAUGAAUGUUUCGGCCCUGUCGAGGUGGCAGACUGGGACACGGGCGGUGUAGGCGGUCUCUUUCCGUUCAGGGACUAGUCUUACGACCAGGGGACAGGCGAAGCCUCCCCUUAGAUAAUUGAGAAGUAUUCAACAAGGGUCGAUACCAUGAAUCGAUGUUCAGAUUGACGGCGGAAGAUUUUUAAAGCUAUUAUUUGUUCCCUGAUAAAUUAAAUGGAGAUAUGUGGCAUCGAAUCAAUUUUUACGCCUAUCUUAAACCAG